AUGGAAAGCUCCGUGAAAGCUGCGUCUUCCGCAUGGCAAAGUAAGCCGGAAUGGGUUCUACUCGCUGAGAGCAUUGCACAAUCUCGAGCGAGGCUAGCACCUGGUAUCCAGUUGGCUAUUGAAAAACAGUGGGGCAACAAGUUUACAGCAAGUCUGCAAAAUUAUGCUAAAGCAAAAGAAGAUGAGAUCCGCGAUGUAUGCAGCUCAAACUAUCAAGAUUUUGUGGUUUCAAUCGAAGAGAUUGUGCGCAUGAAGGCUGAUGUCUCGAAAUUACAGCUUGAUAUUGACGAAUUUCAAAGCCAGUUAGCUGGCGCCACAUCAAAAAUUCUAUCUGUUCAUGACUCUCUGGCGACUUGCUACACAGUGCAGAAGAAUAUUGACGAAUCCAUUGAAAAAUUACAGCACUGUCAACGCAUUUUGGCUCUUGCCGCAGCCAUUACAGCUUACAUUGAGAAAAACAAAUUAUUUCACGCAUUCACGAUGCUCGAAAAACUUCGCAUCGAAAUCGCGGCGUUUCGAGGCCGGCUGUUUCCACAAUACAUGAACGACUGGAUGCAUGAUGCAAUGCGAACAAUUAAAGAUGAAGCUAAGCGAGAGGCUUCACAUUGGUUGGAGGAUAUUCGAACGGCGUCGUUGUCGAUUGGGGAAGCAGCAAUGCAUCGACUGGAAAAUCAGAUUAGCGAGCAGUAUUAUGAACAGGAUGUCUUAGAAAAGUGUGGCCAUGCACCCACGACUGUACUUGGCAGGGCAAGUAGCAGUGGCAACUUUGCUGUAAGUCCUCGAGCUUCAUUAAGUCCAUCAAACUCGGACAAAUUGCUACUGGGCGAGGAUGGAUUGAAGCUGCCGUCCAUCCGAGUCUUUAAUUCUGGUGCUAAUACUCUGAAAGAAAGGAGCAACAUUCACGCAAAUUACAUGAAACUUGCUCUGACUCAGCUUUCGCCAAUGUUACGAAUAUUACACGUUUUUCGAGUUACAAAUCAACUUUCAGAGCUAGCUGCGUUUUACAAUGUCAAUCGCUUGCCCCAACUUCAAUUGACGUCAUUUUUGAGAGGUACAGUUACAACAGUUAGCCCUGAAAAAUUCGUCACUCAACACGAAGAGCUUUUCAAGAAGUUGACAGGAUCGUUUUGUCUUGAGCAUCUGCUGUGGCGAUACUCGGACGCAGCGUUGCUGUCAAAGAAAGACAUCAACGGAAUCUUUCACCUAGUCAUCCAGAGUUUGUGUGGAAUAGUGUCGACUUCCGUUUUAAGCCUUAAUGAGCAAGCUACGAUUCUGAACAUCAAAGUGCGGGCUAUUGCAUGCGCUCGAACGCUGAGUGAUGAAGUGCAUGAAUACAAUUCCACGUUGAUAUUCGACACUUUUCGGCGCUUAGGCUCGCACUUCCGAAACGUGAUCAUGGCGAACACAAAGAAGAGGCUGCGCGAAUUUAUGGCUAGUGAUACCUUCGAGCGUGCUCAAGUCUCUUCCGAUCAGCUUCAAAUGACCUUGCAAUGUUGUGGACUGGAAAAUGAAGUCAAAACAAUGCUGAAGAAUGUCGAUGUUGGAGCAGACCCUGUUGUGCUACCUUUCACAAGUGUUGUCGUAAAGAGCUGCAAGAGUAUUGAAGCUCUUAUUCAGAUGAUGUUCGAUUAUGAACGCUAUCUUAACAUCGAAGACUGGGGCGAGUGGGUCCGAGAUGACACAAUCGAGGCACUGAGUUACCUAAAUGAAACGCUAAACGAAGUUAUCGAUCAACACACAGAUCUACAAGUCGCAACGGUUGUAAUGAUGGGCACGAAUGCGUCGUUCUUGGCUUGCGCCUGUGAUCGGUUUGAGGAAAAUGUGAAGAUGCAGACGGAAGCGUGGGAGGCCCGGACGUACGGCUACAGUGUGAGUAAUACGCUUCGCGGAGCAACGACACAAUUGGUGAAGCCUUGCUCAAGCCGCCUACAGUUAAGCAAGGCAGCAGCAAAAAAGAAAUUUACGAGCACAACUACAAGAGCUCAGGAUAUGGUUUGUGAGCUCAUGCUGAAAAAGAUUGAUGAGCUGCUUUCUAGUUUCUACUACCUUAAUUGGAUGCCGAGUGCUGUGUUAACGCAGCCAGAUCCUUCUAUGUGGGACCUCAUCAACUACCUGAAAGUCACGUUUGCUCAACUGCAUCAGCUCCCACAAGCAGUUCAAGAAGCUGUCCACUUUGCUUCGUGCAGUUACCUUGCCAAGUCUUUGGAGCAGAUUCUAAGUGGUUCAGCCAUCAAGAAGCUGAACAUGGAAGCGAUCGCCAAUUUUAAAAGGAAUUUAGACGUACUGCUUGAUUAUAUUGGGUCCGUCCCCAUUGCUCAGCUACAAGAUUGCUUCAUUCCGGUCUUACAUCUCAUCGAACUCUUUCUUUCGGGGGGCGUUGAAGAAUUUUUAGACCCACAACAGCGAGAUGCUCGAGGCAAAUACUCGCAUUUGUCCUCGGAUACAGUGUCUGCUAUACUUGCAAAGAUGAAGGAUGGUAAGAACUCAUCAAAAGCGUGGGGACCAACAUUUGUUCAUGCUCCAAAAAAGCGAAUCUUUGGCUCCAUAAACCCUCGAAAGUAA